CAGCCCCCCUUCUUGUCAAAUUUCUGCCACAACGAAAGGCAUGUGUGUAUAGCACGCAUCUGUCACCUAGUACCACGCGGAACGCACCAUGCUAGCGAAGGCUGUUCCUCGCCCCUGCUCCGGCGCUGGCCGCCAUGGCGCGCCAGCGGCGAGGCUGCGGUCUGUCGGCGUCGCCGGAGGUCCGAGGAGAGGAGGAGCCGGUGGCAGGCUCGUGGCGGCGGACGCAGGGGAGAGGAUGCCGGUGGUGGCUGUGGCUGCCGGGAAGCAGCCCGUCAAUGGAGCAGCCAUGGCAGGUAUCGACAAGCUUGUGACCUCAACUGUUGGGAAAUCGACAAACAUUCUUUGGCAUGACUGUCCAAUAGCUCAGUUUGAGAGGCAGAAACUGCUAAAUCAGAAGGGUUGUGUUGUGUGGAUAACAGGGUUAAGUGGUUCAGGGAAAAGCACACUAGCAUGCGCGCUAAGUCGCGAGCUGCACUCCAGAGGUCAUCUGACCUACAUUCUAGACGGUGACAAUCUAAGGCAUGGGUUAAACCGAGACCUCUGUUUCGAAGCAAAGGACCGUGCUGAAAAUAUACGCAGAGUAGGAGAAGUAGCAAAGCUGUUUGCAGAUGCUGGUCUGAUCUGCAUUGCUAGCUUGAUAUCGCCCUACAGAAGUGAACGCAGCGCUUGCCGUAAAUUACUGCACAAUUCUACAUUCAUUGAGGUGUUUUUGAAUGUCCCACUUGAAGUUUGUGAAGCCAGGGAUCCAAAAGGCUUGUACAAGCUUGCCCGUGCAGGAAAAAUCAAAGGGUUUACUGGAAUUGAUGAUCCUUAUGAACCACCUUCUGACUGCGAGAUAGUGAUACAGUGCAAAGCUGGUGACUGCCCCACGCCUAAAUCGAUGGCUGAUCAAGUUGUGUCAUAUCUCGAAGCAAAUGAGUUCUUACAGGAUUAGAGACGUAUGCUAUGGACAAAAAAACAUUCUGAAAUUGGAUCGCCAAGGGAUGUGAAAUAUGAGGUCCUUCCUCUGUCCCAUAAUAUAAGAGUGUUUUUUACACUAUUGUAGCGUCAAAAACGUUCUUAUAUUAUGGGACGGAGGAAGUAGUGUUUAUGUCUAAAAAGAGUGAUAAUAGUAUGGGAACAUAUUAACAUAAAGAUCGAAUCUGUACAUCACUAUAAUAAAUUGAAAUGUUUU